CACCACUGUCUCUUAUAUGAACCGAAACCAUUGGAGUUAUCUCCCAUGUCACACGGUGACAUGGCAGAGCCAGUCUUUACUUUCUCUGGUGAUGCCGUGAUGUUUCGUGGUGACGAGUUUGGAAGUCCGUCCGACCGAGAAAAGCGGGAGAUCCAGCUCGACCACUUGCUCUAUGCCAAGGCUAAGGCCAUCAUAAUCCGAGUGAAAUCUCUAGGUGAAGAAACUCGGUGGUGGAUAUCCCUUGGCCACUGGUUCCAAAAUACAGCGGUCAUUUCCAGCCUCGGCUGUGCAAUCACCAACGAAAUCUGGCCACACAACAGCCUGCUGAUAUGCUCAUGGGGUCUACUCAGCCUGCUGGCCGGUGGCAUUCAUGCCCUGUCCUGGCAGACUGACCCAUGCUCGGCGUACGAGGUCGAGACGAAUGCCGAACACUUGAGGACUUUACUAGCAGACUCCGACGUCCAAAACAGCGCUGUCACAAGUGUCGCCGUGGUUGGAGGGUCAAUCAGCGGCGACAGCAAUGAUGACGAUGGAAGCGAUGACGGCCACACUCCGCUGGUCAUUGUCCAUACAAAUAAAUUUGUUCAAAACUUAGUCUGUAACGCCACAGUCAUCUUAGCCGCCUGGAUUUGUGGCCGAAGAAUUUAUAAAUGGUAUAUUAAAUAAAGAACUUUAAGCAAAAGUUAGUUUUCUCUCUUA